AAUAAUUUUUGUUUUAUGUGGUUAUGUCUGUUGUUGAGUACGCGUUUUGUAAAGUUUGUAGAAUUCAUCACAACGCGGGGAGGAGGCACAUGUUGGAUGGUGGAGAGACAGACAGAUAGACAGACAGACAGAUAGACAGACUGACAGACAGACAGACAGACAAAUAGACAGACACACAGACAGACAAAUAGACAGACAGACAAGUAGACAGACAGACAGACAAAUAGACAGACACAGACAGACAAGUAGACAGACAGACAGACAAGUAGACAGACAGACAAAUAGGCAGACAGAGAGACAGACAGACAAAUAGACAGACACACAGACAGACAUACUAGGCAGACACACAGACAGACAGACAAAUAGGCAGACACGCACACAGACAGACAGAAGGACAAAAGACAACAGGCAGACAGACAGACAAGCAGACAAACACACAGACAGACAGACAGACAACCAGUUAUCAACACAUUCAACAAACUUUUUAGUUAAUUACGAAUUGUUUUGUCAGGUCAAGGAUGCGAGAAAGUGUUUGAAGAAACCAGUUGUGGAGGAAGGCGAGGUGGAACCCGAUGCAAAGAUAUGGUGCUGUUGCUUUGAAGAGAAGGCGAACAAGCACGUGACAGACAGAGAAAUAAACAUCGUUCAGGGAGGAGUACUGCAACACAUGACAAGUUCAGAUCAGCACAAGAAGACAAGGCAUUUCUGGUGGCAACACGGAGUGGACAUUACUGAACAACCUCAUUUCUUGUUGCAUCAGCUCGACUAUGAGAGAUAUGUGGAGGUGGUUCAUGUAGCUGUAAAGGCAGUAGAAGAGAAAAUAGAAGAGAAACAGAAAAAGGUUGCUUUCAUUUGGACGAGUGUGGAAUCACGGUCCUCGUUCACACUCAAAGAUGGUUCAGUACUUCAAACAGUAUUGAGUGCAUCAUUACAAGAUGAUGAUGCUGCACAACGUCAGUCAAACACUUUUACAUCUGAAGCUCUCAAUGCACCAACAUCUGACGCUUUUCCUGCUGCUGUUGUUCAACAUCCAGCGACUGUUUAUACGUGUUAUUCAGUCGAUCACGUGACAUUCAGAUGGAGGCAGUUGCAAGACUUGUGCGUUCAGAAUCAAACACAUGCACGUGUAGACUUUCCAGUAAACAUGAUUGUUGAGCCACUGCAUGAUGCUUGUCCUAUAGCAUCAUCGUCGUUACCAAACACCAACAAAUUAAAAGAAGGCAAGGAGACAAUGCUGAGUCAAGCAUCUCUCACUGAUAGUAACAAACUUUUGUUGUUGAGCGAAAUGCUGGCAAAACGUAAAGAAGAGCUUCUUCAAUCGUUGAAGAGAAAGAAGGGUGACGAUCAAUAAUAUUGUAUGAUAUAGUAUUAGUAGAUGGUAUAGGCUGUACUUGGUGGUCGACGCUGGAGGACAAUAUUGAUAUUAAAAUAAUUAUAUAUGAACACACACACACACACACACACACACACACACACACACACACACACACACACACACACACACACAC